UCUCCUCGUCAUCGUGCAGCCCAUUGAAUGUCUAUAUGACCGCCGCGUUAUGUAUUGGCAUUGCUAACCUUGUAAGUUCAAUUGGAUAGAAGGGCUGUGGUAGUUAGGUGCGUAACAGUUUCUGUGUUCACACAUAUUAAUGUGCUUGAUUUAAAAUAUAACUUAGAUUGUUCGAGUGCAUGUCUCCUCUGCAUUUGCGAAUUCUGUCAUAAACAGUUUUCGUUCUUUUCUUAUUUAGAGUACAUGUAAUUUGCCCAUGAAUAUAGGUUAAGAUAGGUUACGUCCCUGUACAUUUCCAAGAAAGCUAUCAAGUUUCUGGAGUAGAAUUCUUUCGCUCCCGCGCUGUUGAAGCGGUUUAAACGGCACAGCAAGUUGCGAGAAUGAUUCCUGCAUUGAAAGGUCUCAGACACUUUUCCACAUCAGCUAUUGUGAGGCAAGCAGUGUCUGAGUUCCGAAUGCCUGUCCCGUGGGGAGAGCUGAGAGGUCAGGUUUGGGGUCCUGAUCAUGGUCGUCCGGUCCUGUGCUUGCAUGGUUGGGCUGACAACAGCGGGACUUUUAAUAAACUGAUUCCACUGCUUCCUAAUGACUGGAGAUUUGUAGCCAUUGAUUUUGCAGGUCAUGGUCUCUCCUCACAUAGGCCUCCUGGAGUCUUUUACACUUUCCCUUUGUAUAUAGCCGAUGUUCGUCGGGUUGUAGAAGCUCUUCAGUGGAAGCGGUUUUCUAUAAUUGGACAUAGUAUGGGGGGCAAUGUGGCAGGAAUGUUUAGUGCGUUGUACCCGGAGAUGGUUGAAGCUGUAGUUCUCUUGGAUUCUUAUGGAUUCCUCCCAACAAACAUGAGUCGCAUGGUCCAAUUAAUAAAAAAAGGAAUGGAUCAACAAGUCCAGUAUGACAACGAAGCAGAUGAAAGGAAAGAGAAGGUGUACACAUAUGAGAAUGCCAAAGAAAGACUGAUGUCAGCAAACCGCUUCCUUUCUGAUCAGUCGGCAGACAUUCUUUUAGAGCGAGCGGUUCGAGAGGUUGACGGAGGGGUGGCAUUCACAAGAGACUUCAGAAUAAAUCUGAGAAACAUUGUGAUGAUUACGCUGGAACAGAGCCUUUAUAUGCAAUCUCUAAUCCAAGCCAGAGUGAUGCUACUGCUGGCAGAUCAGGGACUGGAUAAAGUGUUUCCUGUACCUGAUGGAUUUGCAGAUGCCCUUCGGAAGGGCUGGAUGGACCAAAAAGGCACCAUUGUUUGUGUAGAAGGAGAUCAUCACAUUCACCUCAACAAACCAGAGAAUGUGGCUCCAAUUAUUGCUGAUUUUCUUCAGUCCCACAGUCCUGACCGUACAGAGUGUGACUCGGACCGCAAUCAGCCUGCCAAAUUAUAACACACAUACUUACAAAGUAUUCAGAUCAUAAAUUAUCUGAUUAAACCUUGAAUUCUAUAAUUUUGUUCUCUGUAAUAUUUUAUGAGCACUGAAACUGUAAAUGUAUUAUUUUGAAAAUAUGCUUGCCAAAAUAAAAAAGAGAUAAGAUAUUCAAUAUUGUAGAUCCAACUUUUACAGAAAUGGCUGAUGUCUCCCUAGCCUCCCUAGUUUCAAGCUUAAGAAACAUUGAUUUAUUUUGACGGUAUUUUCCUGUAUCUUACACCAUCCACUUAUCCAUACAUUUUAACAGGAGACCCAUAAUAUGCUGAUGAAAACCAAAAUGCUAAUACUGCUUUUGAGGCAGAUUGUGCCAAGUCCUCUACAAAAGCAUAUUUUCAGCGCAGAAUCAAAUGGUACAGAAUAUGGUCUGCACUUAUAUAGCACCUUUUUAACCUUAGCAGUAUUCAAAGCACUUUACACUGCAUCUCCUUCACCCAUUCACACACCAAUGGUGGCAGAGCUGCCAUGCAAGGUGCUAGCCUGCCAUUGGGAGCAACUUGGGGUUCAGUGUCUUGCCAAGGGCGCUUCGGCAUGUUGAGUCGUGCGGGCUGGGAAUCGAACCGCCAACCCUGUGAUUUGUGGACAAUACAGUCAGAGUUCAUCAUUAAUGCUCAACAAUCACUUAAUUAAUCACUUAAUUUCUUCACUGCAAUAUCUACUUUUAGAGAACUCAACUGAAAUAAUUUCAGAGUACUCAUAACUAUUGUUUGUUAUAAACUUAAAUUAAUUGAGGUAAUAAGUUUCCUCAAAUGUAAUGAGUUAGCUUAACUUGUUGGGUUUGACUUGGUGUGAUAUUGUGAGCUAGAAGUAACUGCAAGUGCUCUGAGUUCAUUUAAAGUUUGUCAUUUCACUGUUUUUACUCAAUAAAGUGAAGUUUCAGCUAUAUACAGUAUUAAAUGCAGUGUAAAGUUUAAUUGUGUAUUAAGAAAUAUUACUGUUUUAGUGGACUCGAUUAAAAUAAGUUCAGAGUACUCAUAACUAUUGUUUUUUAUAAACUUAAAUGAAUUGAGGUAAUCGGUUUCCUCAAAUGAAAUGAGUUAGCUUAACUUGUUGGGUUUUACAG